GAGAAUGCGAUUUCAUUUCUACACUUAGUGGAGUAGUCGAGUCCUCUAAAACUGAAACAUAAGAAAAUCAAAAUGUGGAGAGUUUUAAUGUUAAUAUAUUUAUGUGUAGGUUAUGUUAACGGACAUGUUAGGUUAAUUUUUCCACCGGCCAGGAAAUAUGCCAGAGAUUUUAUGGAUAAUAUCCGAACACCAGGCCCCUGUGGAGUACCAAGUGGGUUGGGACCGAAGACAUCUCUUCUGGCAGGGUCUCCGAUAACGGUGAACUUUCAUCUGGCAUAUCCACAUAAAGGAGGUUAUUUUCUGGAGAUAAUGAACAAUGACACUAACGCUGUUCAUCGACAUCCUGCUACAGGUUUUAUAUCUGAAAGUGACACCACAUCAAGAUCUCAGGAUUUCACACUUCCAUCUGAACCAUGCAAUAACUGUACAUUACGUUUAGUUAGACAAGCUGCUGAAUGGGGUGGUAGUUGUGGUAAAAAAUAUUUAUUUUGGUCCUGUGCUGAUGUUGAUAUCGUAGCUGGUGAUCAGUUUACUGAAGGUUGUUCAGGACAUGGGACAUGGUCUAAUGGCGCCUGUCAGUGUGACGCUGCCCAUGAAGGAGAACACUGUCAACAUAAAGUUGAAUGUAAAACUAAUGCGGAUUGUGAAAAUAAUGGAAGAUGUAUUAUGAUAGCUACUACACCAAAUCCAGUUAAACAUUGUUACUGUCAACCUGGUUGGUUUGGAUCAAAUUGUCAAAUAGCAUCCACCGUUACAAAUUCUACGAUAGACUAUACUCAAUAUACAGAGAUAGAAAUGUCUCCUGGAUUUAAAUUAUUCUACAGAACUAUUCCUACUGUAUCUGAACUAGAAGUGGUUCUAAAAGUUAUUACUAAAUCCUGGGUUGCAGUUGGAUGGAGACCACGAUCGCUCCAAGCUGGAUGUCAACUCUUCCCUAAUAUGCCUGGACUUUCAAGUAGCCAGGGAGGUGGUAGUGCCGAACCAGAACCAACUGGCGAACCGGAACAUAAACCAGAACCAGAAUCGACAGGUGAACCGGAUCAUGAACCAGAACCAACAGGCGAACCGGAGCAUAAGCCAGAACCGACAGGCGAACCGGAGCAUAAGCCAGAACCGACAGGCGAACAUGAGCAUAAACCAGAACCAACAAGCGAACCGGAGCAUAAACCAGAACCGACAGGCGACCCGGAGCAUAAACCAGAACCGACAGGCGAGCCUAAACCUGAACCAGAAUCUACAGGGAAACCGGAACCAGAAACUACUGGUGAACCUGAAACAGAACCAGAGUCUACCAGUGAACCCGAAACCGAGCCAGAGUCCACCAGUGAACCCGAACCAGAACCAGAGACUACUGGUGAACCUGAAACAGAACCAAAAGCUACAGGGGAACCUGAAACAGAACCCGAGACUACUAGUGAACCUGAAUCAGAACCAGAGGUUACCAGUGAACCCGAGACUACUGGUGAACCGGAGACGGAACCUGAACCAGAAAAUACACCAUGUAGCGCAUCAUGGUCUAAAAAUUGUACAGCUAGCGGUUGUGAUUACAGAUCAAGUUGGGUUUAUAAUUCUACAUCAGAUAAAAUUACCUUUACACUUGAAGCUACAUUAAAUGGACAAGCUAAAUGGAUUGGUAUUGGUUUCUCGGAUGAUAAAGCCAUGACCAAUUCAGAUGCUAUAGUUGGUUGGGUAUACAGCGGAAAUGUUACAGUCAUAGAUCUGAUGUUAACCGGUCAUCACUAUAAAACGGACACAACUCAGAACGUAGAAGAUGUUUCAGGAAACGUAAUUAAUGGUGUUACUCGUAUAGAGUUUACGAGAGCUAGAAAUACAGGGGAUGUAGAGGAUAAACAAUUUUCAGAUUCAGACUGCUUCUACUUCUUCUAUGCUUUAGGAGGCCCUUUCAACGGCUCUACUAAAACUAUUUGGAAACAUAUAGAGACACCUAAGAUAUCUUCCAAUAAAAUAUGUAUCAAGGCGUGCACAGAACCUGAAACUGAACCAAAUGCAGAACCAACUGCAGAACCUGAGGGGGAACCCGAGGGAGAACCCGAAGGUGGUGGCGGAGGUUGUCCUGCAACAGUACCCCCUCCAGGAUAUUCAGCUGGUGGAGGUUUCCGUGGAAACAAUGAUAGAACAGGAGGUAACGUAGGACAUCCUAUGGAUUGUACAGAUAUUAUCAUUGGAUCAGCCAAUGGUCAACUGAGUAGAGUUGGAGAUUACUACACCAGAGAUCGUUCCACUCCUAAGCGUGAUGUUGACUUUGAUGGAACAGAGAGUCUAACAGCUGCUGUUGGUUUCGAAGAAAAUGGAGAAACUACCAUUUUAUUUAGAAGGAAAAUUACUGGAACUGAAAGAACAGAUUACACAAUAGAAUCUGGCUUGAUGCAUGUUAUUUGGGCAAAAGGUCAAGAUGAGACUAAAUAUAUCCACAAACCAGCAUCUGGAGAUCGACCUGGAUUUUAUAAACAUGAUCAUUUGCUAUAUCAUGGUCAUUCACCACAGAGAGGUGCAAGUUCUAUCAACUUCCUUGCGAGUGAAGAUCUUUCAACAUCAUGUAACGGCCGCUGGCCAUCUAAAUGUACCAGUUGUAAUCUAGAAGCUACUUGGCUUUUUGAUGCUGCAACGGAUUCCAUUAACUUUACCAUAAAAGCUAGACUGAACAACGAGAAAAAAUGGAUUGCUCUUGGUUUUUCUGCUGACACUUCGAUGCCUAAAUCUGAUGCUGUUGUUGCCUGGAUUGACAAUGGUCAGGUUACUGUAACUGACAGAUGGAUGACUGCAAGAAGUCUACCAGCUCAAGAUACUAAGAAUGAUAUAACUGGUGUUACUGGUGAUGUGAUAAAUGGUGUAACAACUAUCAGUUUUACAAGAAAACGUGAUACUGGUGAUACUCAAGAUUUCCAAUUUACUGAUACACAGUGUGGAUAUAUGUUUUAUGCUAUGGGUGGUAGCUAUAACAAUGACGGAACCUUCUCCAAACAUGCCACAACUCCCGUUGUGUCUCCCAAGAAAAUCUGUAUUCGAUCAUGUGAUAUUCAACCCACAACACCAUCGAGUGAAGAUCUUUCAACAUCAUGUAACGGCCGCUGGCCAUCUAAAUGUACCAGUUGUAAUCUAGAAGCUACUUGGCUUUUUGAUGCUGCAACGGAUUCCAUUAACUUUACCAUAAAAGCUAGACUGAACAACGAGAAAAAAUGGAUUGCUCUUGGUUUUUCUGCUGACACUUCGAUGCCUAAAUCUGAUGCUGUUGUUGCCUGGAUUGACAAUGGUCAGGUUAAUGUAACUGACAGAUGGAUGACUGCAAGAAGUCUACCAGCUCAAGAUACUAAGAAUGAUAUAACUGGUGUUACUGGUGAUGUGAUAAAUGGUGUAACAACUAUCAGUUUUACAAGAAAACGUGAUACUGGUGAUACUCAAGAUUUCCAAUUUACUGAUACACAGUGUGGAUAUAUGUUUUAUGCUAUGGGUGGUAGCUAUAACAAUGACGGAACCUUCUCCAAACAUGCCACAACUCCCGUUGUGUCUCCCAAGAAAAUCUGUAUUCGAUCAUGUGAUAUUCAACCCACAACACCAUCGAGUGAAGAUCUUUCAACAUCAUGUAACGGCCGCUGGCCAUCUAAAUGUACCAGUUGUAAUCUAGAAGCUACUUGGCUUUUUGAUGCUGCAACGGAUUCCAUUAACUUUACCAUAAAAGCUAGACUGAACAACGAGAAAAAAUGGAUUGCUCUUGGUUUUUCUGCUGACACUUCGAUGCCUAAAUCUGAUGCUGUUGUUGCCUGGAUUGACAAUGGUCAGGUUAAUGUAACUGACAGAUGGAUGACUGCAAGAAGUCUACCAGCUCAAGAUACUAAGAAUGAUAUAACUGGUGCUACUGGUGAUGUGAUAAAUGGUGUAACAACUAUCAGUUUUACAAGAAAACGUGAUACUGGUGAUACUCAAGAUUUCCAAUUUACUGAUACACAGUGUGGAUAUAUGUUUUAUGCUAUGGGUGGUAGCUAUAACAAUGACGGAACCUUCUCCAAACAUGCCACAACUCCCGUUGUGUCUCCCAAGAAAAUCUGUAUUCGAUCAUGUGAUAUUCAACCCACAACACCAUCUGUGCUUGUUGAAGUGACUAUGGUUGCUGAGGUUAAACUGACACAAGAAUUUCUUCCUGCUUAUUUAGAUAUAAACACUGACGGCUAUAAGAACCUAGCGAAAGUCAUGACUGACUGGAUGACUGGGAAUUUGAAGAAUGACAGUGAUUUUAAGAGUGCUACUGUUACAGGAUUCAGGGAAGGAAGUAUCAUUACCACUUUUAAUCUAAUUUUUGAAAAAGAAGAUCAAAGUCCAGAGACGCAAAAUAUGAUUAGAGAUGACACCAUGUCUACAUUGAAAAACGCUGAGUCACCAGACGGAUACACCAUUGACAAGUCGUAUAUCGUUGUUAAAUCUCCGAUUCAAGAAGAAGAAGAAACAGAACCUGGGUUUCAACUGUCAUUGGUAGAAGAGAUUGUCAUUGGUUGUGCUGUCUCACUUGUUUUAGUCUGUGUUAUUGUAGCAAUAUGUAAAUUUACAUCACAGCAACGAGCAUCAGAAAGUGCAUCACAUGAAAGAUUAACCCAAAGAGUCGAUAUGUAUACAGACGAAGAAUUAGAGCAACGCCGUCGGGAAAUGACCUCUUUUGACUCCUUGGAUACAAAAACUAAUGGACAGUAUUUUUAUGAUAAUCCAACUUACUCAAAAAAAGAAAUUCCUUAAAGUAUAAUGUAUAUUUUUGAUGCAGACUUCAAUUUUUCUAUGGGCCCCGGCUUUCUUUUUAUAGUGUAUGCGUUUAAUCUCCAUUUUAAUUGAGCUUCUAAUUAAUUAAUUAUUAAAUUUGCAAAAAUUAUGUCAUAUAUCUUCGGAUAAAGUGGGUCAUUUCAAGUUAGUGGUGUUUUUUUCGUACCCUGACUAAACAACUUGAUUAUACAAGUGCAAUUUUAACUGGAGACUCGAUCUCGAUUCAGUUGGAUUAUUAUGGGCUACCUUGACAACAAUUUGCUUAUCUCAGCCCUAUUCUGGUGUUAUCUUGAAAACUUAACCUUCCCGGUCUCGAACAACACCGUGAUGUACAGCGAGCUUCGUCAAGUUGUGGUCAUACACGGCUGAUUUCGGUCAUUAACGAACUGUCCGCAAGAAGAGAAAGGAACGCGAUCGGACCCCGUAUAUGGUCCUAGCACCACAGAGUAAAACCAAAACUUAAUAGCCACGAAAAUGGAUAAUUUCUAAAAUAAAAUACCACUGUGAAAAUAAAACAUGACUUUUCGGGGUUUUUUUAUUAUCAAAAUCCUUGUUCUGCGCGUUUUAAUAUUUGUCCAUGCGUUAGUUAAAGCGGAAUAAGAAAAAUAUGUUUUAUGUAAAUCAAUGUAGGCUAAGCAUAGUUUGGUUGAAUAACUCAGGCAUGAUGCCAAUCAACCGUAACCGAACUUUUCUUUAACCAAAACUUGAAAUGACCCAAUAAUUGUAUAUAGCGCGUUUUAAUAAGUAUUAUGAACUAUCUUUCACCCUAGAGUAAGCUAACUACUCGUGCCCUUAAAUAAUUAAUGUUAUGCCCUUUUCAAAAACAUAUGUUUCUGAUAAACAAAUUAACGCACACAGCUGCUAAAUUUAUUUUAAAUUGCAAGAAUAGAAAAUACAUUAAUCUUUGAUUGAUCUAUUGUAGAUAACCAUGAACCUUUGCUUUCCCGAGGUCUGUUGUCCCAGGCGGCUACCUGGUUAGGCACAUGGUAGCACCGGCACUGCUUACGGGCAUUUUUUAAAUUGAAAACUGUGAUAGAUUUGUUGAAGUCACCGGGCUGAAGCCCGUAAACUGGGUUAAUGCAUUUUACGUGACAGUUUCCAUAUUCUCCAGACCAGGUCUUUAAAGGACAAUAUUGGUGCCAGUCAUUAUCACAUAUGUGAUAGAAAUUGUUAAGCACGUUCCAAAUAUUAUUUUAUCACAAGAUCAUUGCUACGAUAGAUGCGUAAUCAAUGCUUGAACAAUCGGAAGUGACGAACGCAAAAGGAGGCAGACCCCCAUUAAAUUUCACCAUCUCGAUACCCAGUUCGUCUAUUUAUAGCAAUUCUCUCUCUCUCUUUUCUCCCCUUUUGCAUGCCCAUUUUUGUGGAUUUUUUGGUAUGGAAUGGACGAAGAGGGUUUGAAUUAACAUUUUCUGCCAGGUUUUGGUAAAUAUUCAUGAUUUUGAGGCGGAAGGAUAACAGGGUUAUCUGGUUGGCUACGGCGAUAUGUACGACAACUAGUUAUAUGGUUUUAGUAUGCUUCUUCAAGUUUAUGUAUCUCAAAAUUUUGGUGGUCAACCUCAUACAAAUUUUAGUGUAAGGACACGACCAUUUGUUCAUCUGUCUGUAGUGAAAAGCAUUCAGCCCAACGAAAAUUUGGGAAAAAGUUGGAGGUGGGCAAAGAGGCCAGAAUUAACAUUGAAGUCAAUGGGGAAAUUAAUGGUGGUCUGCCUCCAAAAGGAAAACACGAGUUAUCCCUCUAUAUAACUGAGUGAAGUGACCGGUGAUAACAGAUACAUGGGCGAAUUUCUGCUCACUAAGACCAAAAGUUGUUAUAUGAGACUGUAAGAAUAUAUCUGACAAUACAAAAAAGUAAUUGAAUGUCAAUAGAUAAGAGAACACGAGAAAAAUAGAAAUGAUCUCUGUGAUAAAAUAAUAUUUGCAGCGUGUUUAACCAGUUCUAUCACAUAUGUGAUAAUGAAUAGCACCAAUAGUGUUCUUUAAGGGUAGCCUUAUUACAGCAACUGUACGACGAACGUUGACAUUCUGGGCCAAGUGAUCUCAAAAUAUUGUAAACUCACUUCUGGAAAAUAUUUUAAAGCUAUUUUUGAUAUAAUUUCACAAUACCACUGCUGGAAUGGUAGCUUAUCGUAUCAUAGGGUUUUCAAUUCAAACUUUACCACAUUGGUUGUUAUUGCUUCAAACUUUGAAGCGAUUAGGAAUUGUGUAUUUGAAUAUGCAAUUUCUUCCACAAACUAAAGGGAAAGGUGCAAACUGAUCCGCAAAUUUUUGCGUUUAUUGAUGGUGUUGUUUGUAGUUUUCGUUUAGGCUACCUUCCGCCAGUUCUGGUAUCGAAUGCAGACUUUUUUUUACAUAUUUGUAAUUGAAUUUAUUAAAUAAUAUUUACAACAUAUUUUGCCCACUUUUGAUGUAUAAGCCCUAUAUUGAUACGGAUUUAAAUAUUAAAAAAAUAUAUAUUUAUUAUAUUACUGAAUAGAUCUUGCUUAUUUACAACACAUUUUAGCAAAUUUUUGAUAUAGACAUUUAUUGAUAUAUAUAUUUUUUAUACCGAUUUAAAUAUUCUAAUGUAUAUUUUUAUAUUUUUUUUUCAUAUAGACCUAUGUUGCAUUA